UCUAUUGGUCCUUACUGUGCUUCCGGUUCCGGUUAGCAAUGGCGGUUGCUAGCUACCGCUAUUUAGACACUUGGUUGACUCGCUUAUAACACGGUUAUAUUUUGAAAAAACAAUAUGUGACAUUGAGUUUCAGAAAUGAUGUUUCUGGUAGCAGGUUAUGUACGUGGGAAUGAACUGUAUGACAGCAACGGCAGUUAAAACGGUUGUAAUGUUGCCGAAAAGCGGAAACUAACCUGCUACUCGCUAGAUGUUAUUAGCCUGUUAGCUAUUUGGCGUCUUCACGCAAGAGUUAUUGCUAGCGUCCACCUCCGUUACCUGGUGUAAAUUUGCCUAUUAACGUUUUUUGGUUUCGGCUUUAGUGCCGACAUAUGGGAAAUAAAAUUUUCCCAGUUUCCGUGUUGUAAUUAGUGUUUGUUUAUUUUUUUAUUUUUUAUUUAUUUUGGCAGCCGGUCACUGCAGCUGUCACUCGGGUGUCCGUCAGUACCGUUAUCUGAGCAGCUGUAGAGAUGCCGUGGUUUGGAUCUGAUAAAGAAGAAUCGGACAGACUGAUAGAGAAAGCAAAGCUAUGUCUAAGAUCAGGACAGAAAGAGAAAGCCCUGCAGAUGUUAUAUGAAGCACAGAAAAUAUACCCCAGCACCCGAGCCCGAGUCCUCAUUGAUGCUAUUGUGAAGAAUGGGAGUGCAGCCGCCCCAGAAACUGAGCGUACAUACACACCACCGCCCGGGUGGAGGAACACCGAUGAGGACAUCCCCGGCCGGAGGCAGCACCAGCGUUACAGCACAGGAGACGCUGGAGAGGCACCUUGUGAUGACAAGAAGAGCUAUACCGAAGAGCAGCGGCAGGGAGUCCUAAGGAUACAGAGAUGUAAAGAUUUCUAUGAGAUUCUGGGUGUGCCGAAGGAUGCCAGUGAUGAGGAUCUGAAAAAGGCGUACCGCAAGCUUGCACUACGCUUUCACCCAGACAAGAACUGUGCUCCUGGGGCUACUGAUGCUUUUAAAGCUAUUGGUAAUGCCUACGCAGUGCUGAGUAACCCAGAGAAGAGGCAGCAAUAUGAUCAAUAUGGAGAACAGGGUGCCGCAGAGACAGCUAGUCACUCCUCAGCCCAACCUCGUUACACUCACACACACCACCGAACCUUCCACAGGGACUUUGAGGCUGACAUCUCACCAGAAGAGCUCUUCAACAUCUUCUUUGGUGGCAGGUUUCCAACAGGAAACAUUCAUGUAUACACAAACAGAGGAGCUACGUAUUCCCAUUUCUACCAGCCACGCAGACGACGUGCGUAUGAGAGACGGGAGGAGGAAGUACAGGAGAACCGCAGCCAGAAUACAUUCACAGCCUUCCUGCAGCUUCUGCCUGUCCUGGUGCUCAUCCUCAUCUCUGUAAUAACCCAGCUGAUGGCCACUAACCCCCCUUACAGCCUUUUCUACAAACCGUCCAUGGGUUUGGUGGUAUCCAGGGAGACACAGCACAUGGGUGUACAGUAUUAUGUGGAUAAGAGCUUCGAGAAGGAAUACCAUGGGACGGCUCUGGAUGAGCUGGAGAAGACCAUAGAGAGUGACUACAUAGACCAUCUACAGAGCAGCUGCUGGAAAGAGAAGCAACAGAAGUCGGACCUGGCUAACCUGGGUCAGCUUUAUCGUGAUGAGCGGCUGAAGCAGAAAGCCGAGACCAUGAAGCUGGACCACUGCGAGAAGCUGCACCGCUUUGUGGGCCGCCAGAGGGGCAAUUAAAGGAGGAUGUCCUCUACCAGACAACAUGGUCUUACUCAGACAUAAAAAGUUUUAGUGUCUGUGAUUAAUCUUUGCAGUGAUUAAUCACUUUAUUUAGAGAGAGAGAGAGAGAGAGAGAGAGAGAGAGAGAGAGAGAGAGUGUUUAUUGGAAAUGUGGUGCCUUUUAGCCCUGCUGAACAGGUAAAGGCACCAGCAUGCCAGAAUGCACUGGAGCUGCUGGAAAUGAUCAAUUCGGUCAGCUUUUUGCGACAAUGAAACGUAGCCUCGUCGCAGAGGACAUGUUUUUGUGUAUUUGUGCCAGAGCUGGGUUUUACUUCCUUACAUUAAGGAAUUUAGGCUCCAGGUGCACUAAUACUUAGAUUCUUCUGUACACACUCUUAUUUAAGUUAAAAAUGCCUGAGUUUUAAUAGUAUAGUACGUAGUCAAUAGAAAAUAAUUUAACUUAUUUCAUUGAUUCAUCCUAUUUAUUUUUCUUAUGUGCACUGAGUUAAUCAAGCUGAAGACGUUUAAUUUGAACACUAGGAUUUUUUUUUUCAUGCUGACCUAAAAAAAAUACGAAUGCAAAAUACACAGCCCCAAACCACUGCUUAUAAAAGCUCUUCCAGUUUUGAGCGAGGUGUCCACAUAAAGGUGAAAUUACUUUAUUAGAUUUACUUUCCUAAGUGAUGCAUUAAUUGAUGCUUAAUGCUUGGUGUCACAGGGCAUUAGUAUUUAAUAGUCUUUUGUGUUGGGAAGAGAAAACGUGUCAUUUUUAUGCUUUAUGCUUUGAAAACCUUGCUAAAAGCCAUUACAUUAGUCAUAAUUUUUAGAGAUAAUAAUUUUAGAGAAAUGUUAUGUUUUUUCUUUUUUUUUUUUUAGUUGCAUGCAGUCCAGUGGGAGUUUUAUUUUGCUUUGUGUUGCACACAGUGAUCAACGCAGCAGGUUUAAUUUAGACGUCAUGCUUUUCAUCUAAAUUAACUGCAAACUGUUACUGUUUGAAUUGUAGACAUGCUAAUAUCUUGUACCUCAUGUUAAAUUAACACUAGUUCUGAAAUUCUGAAUGUGAAAACCUGUUUAACCCGGCACACAGUAGGGCCUGACAGCCAUGCUGAAUGCUCAGCAGUGUAACACACAGUUCAUGUCAGGAACUGAAGUGAGUAUUAUUAGGAAUGGAGAAUUAACAGAACUCAGGUGAGUUGUAGCAGUGAUGUCACUCCUUAGCCAGACCGGUGUGUUUGGUUAGUUGGCGCUGAGUGAGAUUUUGUGCUGGUUUAAUAAAACACUAAACAUUCUCCUCUUCUCCUGAA